AUGCCCGACAUCGACCCCGCGGCUCUGCUGAGCCGCUCAUCAGUCAGCCUCUCGACUCCUAUUCUAUCAACAAAGACCCUCGCGGGCUCGACUCCUGGCGCGCCCAAAGUCCCCAAGUCAAGCCAAAUUAUCCCCGCCCGAAUUGACCUCGAGCCGCUGUACGCCGCGCUCAAAGCCGCCAUCGGUCCGGAACAAUGGGUGGUCUAUAAGGAGGCAACCACCGAGUUCUUGAUCGGCCGUCUGAACCAGACCGAGUACUCGGAGCGUAUCGAUCCCAUCCUCGCCGGACCCGGGGACAAGGACCAUCUUCACAACAACCUCACCGCCGCCAUAUAUGGAAAUGUCACCCGCGAGAUGCCUGACCAGGGCCUGGCGCCCUGGGUCAGUGCAAACGAUAAACCCGCAGCGACUGCAGGAAGCAAACCGAUAUCAGGUGAUGCCGCUGAGCGCAGGUUGAAGGGAGAUGUGAUGCAGCUACCCGCGCGGGACCGGAGACGUGUCAAGGAUCUGGCCCACAAUGAGUGGGAUCCGCACGAGAGUAUAUCAAAUGUGUUUACAGAGACGCAUCGCAAGCCAUCAGUCGUUGCAGACGCGCCUCCAAGUGCCGUGGGAGGGAUUAACAAUAUGAACUUCGACCUAGAGAUUCGAAAGCGAUUCGCCCAACCACUGGCUAUCGAGUCAGGCGAGUUUCCCGACAUCGGUAUGAUAAGUGGUCGAAUGCUGCCAUUCUGCUACGAAGCCGGACUUGUCAGUGGCCACACGGCAGAAGCUCCACAGUUCUUGUCGGUUGCCGUGGAGACUUUUAUAAAGGAAAUCUUGACGCAAGUGUUUAGUCGUACACGGAGUAAUGGCCCUGGCGACUCCGGUAGCGCAGGGUUCGGGAUUGGAACAACUUGGAUUCAAACCAACAAGUACCGACAGCAACUCGGAUAUGAAGAGGAUGCUGCCCAGCGUGGUGAGAUUGCCCGCGACAAGAGCGGCUUCCUCCCGAUCGAGUCCAAGGCUGCUAGUGAGCGUGGGCCUUUGGGGAUGUCAGAUUUGCGCCUCUCCUUGGAGAUGGCGGAUACCGGAAUGGCCCAAUUCCCUGUUCUUAUGACCCAGGUGCUAUACGGGUAUCGGGAGGGCGAGUUGGAGAACUGGGACGACUAUACUUGGGUCCACGAUUACGAGCCCACAGGGCGAGUUGAAGAGAUUAUCCCUGUUGGAAUAAAUGGCGGCAAAAGCCACGACUUGGUCAACGGACACGUGGAUGCUAUGGAUAUUGACAACGAUAUGUGGUGGGAGGGCGCAGAAAGCGAAGACAUGGACAUGCUGGACGGUGUUCUAGACUCGUGCUUCGCGGUAGGGUCCUAG